CCCUCGGCUCAGCUCAGCCGCUGCUUCUCUGGUCCCUCUCACCUCUCAGCGCCUGUCAUUCUUCUGGUGGGCGCAUUUUUUUGCACACUUGGAGCAACGCUGGACAGCGUUCAAGCGUUCUGCCGUCACACCCUCCGAGAGCCCGAUCCAGGGACAGGGACGCGAGAAAUAACAUUUAUUUAAGAAAAAAUCUAAAAAACUCACUAUUUGGAUAAUUUUUGUUUUGAAGCACAUCCUAUGCUCCGGGGAAAAGCGGCUGGUAGGUGGGUAAAUCGCUGCAGUUGAAACUUCCUAUAAAGAAGGAAGAAACGAGAGCCACCCAGGACCAAGCGCGAAGUGGACUGGGGACUGACGAUGUUGGACACUAUCCUCCCUGACGUGCAGGAGCUGGGCAGGCCGGUGCUGCCCACGCUGCCCUCGCUGAGCCAGGAGGAAGUCUCUACUAUCUGGGGAAAUGUCUCAGAAUUUGUGGAACGACAGCUAACCUUGCAUAAGGGGGUUCAAAUUCCAGGACUUGGAACUUUUACUUUCACAAGACAAAAGCUUGAGGUGGGAAACAACAAGUUUAUUCUAAUCCAGAGGCCUGUGUUCAUCAUGGCUGAGAAGUUGGUGCAAAUCCAUGGACUCAAACAAAACAAAGUGUAUUCGCCUGGUGAUAUCCCAGUUAUUCCACUUAAUUUUGUCAUGAUAUCCUUGGAGAGUCCAUUUUCCAGGGAUACAGUGGAAGGAUGUGUUAAGGAGACAUUGCUUUUUUUAUCGCGAUCCAUUUCCAUAAAAAAAAAUGUGGAAUUUACAUUCAAAGGAAUUGGGAUACUUCUGAUCAGAGACGGCAAAGUGAAGAUGAAAUUUUAUAAAGACUUCCUUUGUACUAUGGAUGGAAGUGGGACUUUGAUGAAAGCCCUAGCAAAUAGGCCUGGCACUGUGGACUCUGUGUUGUCCUCCAGGGAGGCCUUUGGGAAGCGGCCUGGAAGCAUGCUUGCAUUUCCACGGAUUGAGCACAAAGAUAUGGACAACAAACCACCCAUGGAGACCAUUGCAGAAGAAGGCGAAGGGAACAGACAUGGGAAAUAUAAGGCGAAAGACCACUCAGACAAAGAAGAAGGUGUCAGAGACAUCUCAUCAGCCAAGAGACUUCAAGAUAGACAAACCAUCUCCCCUACCAAAGUAACAAAUGCCAGCUUGCCGGACAAAGUUGAACAAAGUGGGAACGGUGGGAGGAAUAUGAUCCCAGAGAGGAAAUGUGCUAUGUAUGUUUGCAACGAGCACAACGAAAUUUCCCAUCGUACUACAGUGAGGAGAGGAGGAAGAGAGAGAUAGAACAUGAACAACACCUGCAUCAGUAUCAAAUGAUGAAAGAUCAGGAGGCUUUUGUCAAGCACCAGAUGAAAACUUUGGCAACUAGAGAACAGAAUCAGAAAAAUGCUGCCUAUAAUCUUGGAGUUGCUGAAGCUAUAAGAAAUCACAAGCACGAAAAACCGGAAUUUUAUAAAUCUUUUCUAUUCUAUAAACGGCCACUUAGUCCUGAGAUUAAUGCUCUUAGGCAAGAAGAAUAUUCCCAAAGUCUCCUGAAACAAAUGGAUAACAGACGGGAAAAGGAAAUAACGCAAAGACAAAACAGAGAGUUGAUGGACCGCCUAGAACAAGUGCAACUCACAGAGGAACUUGCUGCACAGAGAGCCAAAUAUUUAAAAGAUAAGAUGGAAGAAACACAGUGCUAUAAGAAAGCUUUGGAUGCACAGAUAAAGAAUAAAGCCUUCCAGUUGCCCGUAUUUGAACCAGACUCUUAUGAACCCAUCUUCAUUAAUAAUGAGGAUGAGCUGAAGGUGGAAAGGCGAAAGCGAGAACAGAAUUACAUGAAGCACCAGAUGGAGACAGCUGCUAGUCGCAAGAGGAAAGCCAUCCUGCAGCAGCUGAUGGAUCAGAAGCGGGAUCUGCAGAUGCUUCAUAGGACAAGGACAGAGCACUUAGCAGACAGAACUGCUGAGGUGGAGCGAGUGAAAAGGAUCAACCAAAGCUUGCAGGAGGACUGGGAAAGGAGUGCUACUAUGAAGAAGCAGCGGGACCUGGAGGAAAAAGCUUUUGAGCGGGCUUCCGACAAGCUGUUCCUCUUGGACCAGUGUGAGAAGUACCCACGCUGCAAGCAGUGCCAGAAGCGCAUCUCCAACAUGGGUGACAGCAACCUGUGGCCCACGAACAAGUUCUUGCACGGCUCCCGGUUGCUUGUGUAAAACCUGAAAUUUGGUCCUACAAUUCAUGGGGAACUUUAAAAAAAUCUUUUACAUAUUUGGAGUGAUUAUGAAACUGCAUAUUCAUACCUCAGAGGAAGAAACAUUACUCAGGUUUGGUGCUCUCAGUGCGUUGCUUUAGCAAUCUGUUGCUGGAUUAGUUUCUGUAGAUUUCUGUUCUUGUCUUCCCCUCACCCUUACUUAUUCCUGUUACUGGCCUUUGAGGACAGUGAAGGUAUCUGACUAGUUCUGAGGGCUAGAACCUAUUGCCACAGGGGCCAAGAACGGAAUCCAGCUUCGUGCUGACUGCUGCUGACCCAGCCCUGACACCCCCUCUGGGACUACAUCCUUUUUCAUCUAUAAUGGGUAAUACCUUAAUAAAUAUUUUCUAAGUA